CGAAUACAUGAUGCAGCUCUAACCCAUACACCACCACUAGCACGAAGAAUCAUCUGACGCGGAAAGCGCGGUAUAUGAUAGUUUUCAAAGUUUUGGUUGCACCGUUGUCGAACCUAGACCUGUGAGAGUUACUGCAACAUGCUCCGAAUUUACCUCCUGGUUUCUUGCAUUUGUGUGCUCAUAGCCGCAGUCUUCUAUACCUUCUACUGGAACCGCAUUAUCUCUGGAUUUAUUAGUCUUCUCUUGCGGGUCAAGUACUGGCGACAAGGAGGCUCGAGUAUAUGGGUGCACAUCGGAUCCAUACAUUUCUCCAUCCUCGCGGGACGCAUACUGCUCAAAGAUGUCAAAUACUAUUCGAGCAAUAUGACCGUCAAAAUUGUGACAGCUCAAAUAUCUUGGAGAUAUUGGUUGCGCGUGCCAGCUACUGAGGAUGAUCUGAAUCAUGCCCAUGUUGGUGGGGAAGACUUUAACCAUGCGUCGUCAUUCCCUUCUUGCCGGAUCAAAGUCUCUGUCCAAGGAUUUGAGUGGUUUCUAUACAACAAGACUGCAGCGUACGACCACAUCAUCUCCCAAAUGCAAACCAAGACAUCCCCACGUCCAGAGCCAUCAGAACCGCGCAGAAUGUUUUCUCGUACUUCAGCAGCUGAAGGGCUGGGUUUCUACCCUCCUCCUGCACUAGCAAAUAUUAAAGCGCCUCCCCUCAUCCAUGCUGCGUUGGCAUGGAUUAAGCGUCAGACGCCCUACCUGGACCCGAAUGACAUUUUGCCCAUCGCACUUGAGCUGUCCAAGGUUGCCAUCACUUGCGGUAAUCCUUCAACACCAAGUCUGUUGGUCGCAGAAUGUCAUAGAGCAGAAGGCACCUUCGGGAUUGUGCAGGCGAGGUCAAAGUGCGACCUCUAUAAGCAGCUUUUGAAUCUGAAGUUCCAGAACGUGCUCGUGCAACUCGUGGAGAACGACAACUUCCAAGGUAACAUGCCCACAAUAGGCCAUCGUAUUCGCGAGAAAGCAGAGACAUCGAGUCGGUUCCUAGAACUUGUUCCGUUAGGUUAUCUCCCAUUCCGGGCAUUCUCCAGGAUUUGGAAAGGACUGAAGUUAUAUUCAUCUGGUCAUGGCUCGUCCGUUCACGAUCGCCGUGCAGCUGAGAAGUGUCCUGGACCUAUGCCAAGCAGAAAAUCAACGAAGAGCAUUGACGAAGACACCCCCGUUGGCGCUGACUUUGCUACUCUAGAGUACGCCAUUGAACGGCGAAUUAUUGAAGCCCCCAUUCUGGAGCUAUCAUAUUAUACAGAUAUCGUCGGCGAUGUGUCUGAUGCACAGGAUGGUCCUAAGGGCAUGGGAUUGGAAUCCUAUGACAUCGGCAACGGUGACCUACCUCCUGAGUGGGGUGUAGAUCUGGUAAUAAGAAACGGAACCAUCCGUUACGGACCGUGGGCUGAUCGUCAACGCGUCCAUCUGCAACGGACAUUCUUCCCGCCAACGUAUCACGACUUGGAGGUGUCAAAACACCUUAGGCCAGGAGAUAAACGUACUUGGACUGCAAUGAAAGUAUUUUUCGAACUUCGUGAUAAGACAGUUCUCUAUGUUCCUUUCCGAGAGCCUUCAAAGAACUGGCAAUGGGAUGGUAUCAGCGAGUAUUCGCGUCCGAGGAAGCGCGACCAUGCUGCUCUUCAUUGCACUGCAGGUGACAGCUCCUCAAUCAGCUACCUUCUGCCUAUGGUUACAGGGCCCGAUGGAUAUGAACCUCGUUUGGAGGUCCAUCUCGAUACAGUUUCUGUAACAUCGAGCCUUAAUGACAUCAAGCUCAUCGCGGCUGAGUCAUGUCGCGUUCACGCGUCAUUUCCAUCACCCCUUGUAUGGAACGCUGAGCGUCGUUGGUCAUUUUCCAUCUCUCUUCGUCAACCGGUCAUAUAUUUCUUGCGAGACCACGUCAACAUGUUCACCGAUUUGGCGCGGGACUGGACCUUUGGGCCGCCUACCGAAUGUAAUAUUUUUGUGCCGACUGUCUAUACACUCGAACUUGAUCUGCACCACUUUGAGCUCAAUCUCUAUGCCAACGACCAGAACAUCAUCGAUAAGCCUCUGGUCAAGGGAGAGAACACAUUGGUGACGAUCCGUGCACCGCGUUUAAAUACUCAAGUAACCUUCCCGUCAAACAAAUAUCGACCCGAGGCGACAUCCAUUCCAUUCGUUAUUGAUAUUCCAGAUGUAACCGUUUUUCUCUCCUUGCCGCGGUGGAAUACGCAGUACCUCUACAACUCAGGGAAAGAACAUCGUAUAAUCCAUGCAGCAGCAUUCCAUAUAACGUCCUCGUAUUACUUCUGGGCCGAUGUUCAAGCUGACAAUAUUGAUCAGCUAAAGCUCACCGUCGAGACUAGUAGAGUCACGUACAAGGCCCUCGGAUGGUCUGCCAGGUGCUUAAUGGUACUUCGGGACAAUUAUUUUGGAUCUUUCACCCACUUUUCUACGCUCGUGGAGUACCUUGACAAGCGGAGCAGGUUUGGUUUGACUGGAGAUCCACUGGAGAUGAAGCAUCGGCCAGGCAAAUCAAACUCAUUACAGGUUCAGGUAUCGAUACAGUUGCAGUCUGGGUCAAUGCUUUUACCUGCGGGUUUGCCUGGUUACGAGGUGCGCGUUGCAAGCGACAGAUCAUUCGAUGAUAUUGGCGCAUCCACGGUCUUGGCGUGUUCAGUGCUUCAACUGGAUUUACGACUACAUGAUUAUUUCAUGGAUGCGUCCCUGAAUCUGCACGCAAUCAGAGGUUCUGUACUUGACGCUUGUUCCGAGCACGCUUUCUUCGGCCAGGGACAUCUACGCUACGAGGACUCAAUCUUAAUCGAUGGCCUGAAUAUCACUGCUAACAGACUAUUUGGGCCACAACCACGUACUCGUACAUAUGUAUGUGUUUGGGAAAUUGGAGUUGGACCAGUGAAGGCCCUAUUGACAUCUCAUGAUGGUCAAAUCUUGCUGGCAUCUUUGAACGCUGUCCGUCUUAACUACACGGACCUUGCCAAUGCUCCCGCGACCGAGUUUGGAGUGCCUGUCGAUCCAGAUGCCACUUUCAUCAGAUUCUCGACUAGCCACAUCGACGCCACUUGGUCUGCUGGUGCAACAGCCGUAAAUCUUUCACUUCCUUCGGGCCUCAGUGUGCAUACCAAUGAUCUAGAAGGCCAAUUUUGCGGCAAGCUCACGAGCGUUAGACUGCCCAUUGCGUCGCUGAAGAUUCUGCUGUCAUCAAGGGAUUCAAAGACAAUCUGGUGUGAGGCGGCUGACCUGUCCACAGACAUCAAUCUGGAUAUAUACAGAUCUCCAAAGACCCGCAAUCCAUCACAGAUGGAUUUCAUAAAGGGGCAAGAUGAGCUGACACAUCGGGCACAAUACUUGCUUGAUGAAGUAGAGAGGGCACGAAGUGCCUCUCUUCCUGAUAACUGGCAGUUGCCACAACGUACGCGUUCUGGUCACCAUCGCAACGGGUUUUACCUUCCUCCUCCGCGCCUCCCAUAUUUCUGCAGAGCAAAACCACAUCCUCUAGUACCCCCCACGAGCGUUCCACACUCCAAGAACACGACUGCAUGGUGGCCUCGCCUUUCCUAUCUUUCAGAAUCCGACGGAGAAGAGAAUAUAUCCGAAGCCGAUCGCGAUGCACGUCUGGCGAGGAGUCGACUUGCGCCACCGACCACCGUCGACGACGACAUGUCUGUGUCAGGGGAGGAGUCGGAUAAUGAGGACCUGACAGAUACUGAAUCUUCAAUAAGCGGCUGGUCCUCGACUAGAUCCGGGACUCGAAGGCACUCGCUGAUCAAGCGCUACCGUCGUGUCACUAGAUGGUACCAGAGUAUCAACCUCGAUGACAUCAACGGCUGGGAGGACUCACCAUUCGUUGUGACUAAGGUAAUAAGCAAACCCCCUUUUUCCGAAUAUUCGUCAAUUAGAAACCAGGAACCUAGAAUUACCGCCCAAAAGGACAAGAAUUCAUCCGGAAUACGCCCGGCCGUACAAGCCAACGAAAGAGUCAGCUAUGUGCAUUCCACAACUUUCCGCGUACAAUGUAAAAGGGAGAUCACGGUUCGUAUUACCCCCUUGGUUCUCUUGGGAGUCAGAGAUAUAAUUGAAGACCUGCAAUCGCGACGGCUCAGUCCAGAAUUGACAUUGGACUUAGUGAUGGCGAGCCACAUAGUAAAGUUCGGUGACUCGCCAGGUCCCCCUCUCUCGACGGCUUUCGACAUCUGCAUACGAUCCGCUCGUCUCCAGGUACUGGAACACAUAUCCUACCCAAGUUCCUCCUACAAGGAAACAUCAGCUCAAAGAGACUCCAUGGUUACUAUUAACUGCUUGGUUUCCGGAUGCCACCUCGCGAUGUCCCAAGGGGCUCAGAAAUUGGCUUGCCAUCUAGAAAUAUCCGAAACGUCAAUAAGAGUAACGGAUGACUCGGGAGUUGCUCUGGGUUCCAAGCGUUCGCUUGGACAUAGCCCUAUAUUAUCUCUUCGUCGCCUUCAACUGGAUGCCACGCAGAACCAUGCCAGCAUCUCUGCUGGGCGCUUUGCGGUAGAACUUCAACCCGCUAGCCUUGAGUGUGCUGUCGCCACGUUUCAGGCGUUGGAACAGGAUUUGCAAGACCUCUCACUCGACCCCUCUGUGAAGUUUGGCCCAACUACACGACUUGCUGAGAUUGUCUACCAUACUCUGGAUCUCACUCAGGGCAGGGCAGCCGUCGAUCCACUUUCAACCAUUCAACCUUCUUUCCUCGUCCAACGGGGUCAUCCUCAAGCUCUCCGGACACAUGCUACCUACAAGUUUAUAUUUCACCUACGAACUGCACUGCAGUUCGCCCGUCUUCAAGGGGACAUUGGCGCAAAUAGCACGGGCCAAUCCAUUGCAGCACAUGAUGUGAAUGCAUUGGUGAACGCGUGUGUCGCAGAGCUUAUGCUGGACCUAGACUCCUCCAAGGAAGGUAUACCCAGUCCGUUGGAAAUGAUUCACCCUCGUACCUCGCCCAAGUCCACGAUUAGCGCGCGACUUAUCGUUGACUCCGUCAACUUCACUGCCGACCUUGUCAGCGUCAUCAUUGCAGACGAGUUGUUAGCAUCCACAAGUCGCCUGGAUAUCAGCUCCUGUGCUCUUCGGCUCCGCUCUUCAAAGCUGGUCCCCUUGGAAGGAAUCCAAUUACAGUCCCAAAGCCCUUCCCUUGCAAACCAUGAUACUACUGCCAUUCCGCAGACUGCAUGCACUCUCUCCAUUGGUGACGUUAAUGUCACCGUCUCCCCUCACUUGAUGGUCUUCGCACAAUCUGUACUUCGCCUGCGCAGGGUAUCAAGGAAAUGGGUACCAGUCUCGAACCAAGCACUUCCAAACUCUGGGCUGUCUCACCUUAUUUUCACGGUCGCCAUUCGCCGCGUUAACAUCCGUGCUGCUGCUGAAAAACUUGCAUUUGAGAUCGGAGCUACAGACAUGGACAUCUUUCUCACAUCACUCAAACGAGUUGAUCCGUUGAUGCGCACCGAGGUCCACUCUGUUAGCUAUACUGCUGGCUUCACCAACGCUUUCAUACGUGCGAGGGCUACCAGUAUUGGACCAGGAAUCUGGGCCCGGGAUCAGGAUAUUCUUGCUUCCUUGACCUUUUCCUCUGGCAAGCUCAACGUACUUUGGCGCCAGGAAUUAUCCGCGAGUACUAUCCGUCUCGCAUUCCUCUUAUCCAGUACUUCUUUUUCCGUACCUCGCAGCGCCCUUCGUCUUUAUCGCUUCGUGGAAGAGUGGCAAGCGGACUUCUUUCCAGGCAUUGAAGCCGCCACACGAGCCUUUCUAGCAGAGUUGAAGGAAGGAGAUAGUGUUCAGCAGACAGCACUGAUGCACCCUCGCGCUGUUAAGAGGAACGCAUUAGCGGCCCAUGUUACCGGACGUAUAUCAGAACUUGGCGUGUCUCUUCAGGUCAUGCGAGGGACGUGGCUAUCAUGGAACAUACAUGAUCUGACUGUAUUCCUUUCCUCGCCAGGCGGAACAGGAUCCAGGCCAUCCACGUCCUUUGGCAUCCAAUUUGGCUCGCAAACGUUGGGCGUUUCAUACAAACUACAGUCCACUGAUGACCAUACGGAUACACCGCACAUCAAGGUCAAGCUCCCUUCGCUCUCGUUAACAGGGCGUUAUGGCCGCGCUUUUGUCAGAAUUCUUGCUUCUGUGGACUUCUUCGAUGUUUUAAUCAAGCCUUCACAUUGGGAUACACUUCUCGUCGUCCAACAAAAGUUCGGCCAAGAUUUUUCUGACUUGAUGGACCUCAUACAACAAACUCGCCAACGAACGUCCAAUCCGUCUGGAUCUACAUCAAUUGCAUCGCGAUCUUCUCUAUCAUUCAGUGGGCAUGUCAACGUGAAGGGCUUCAGGCUUGGGCUUGAAGGCCGCUCAUCCACCUCCUAUCUAGAAUGUGAAGAUGUUGGUGGAGAUAUAUCCAGCAGUGAUUCGGGUAUUGCAUGGCGAAUCAGGCUUCGUGACCUGGCUUUAUCGCUUGCUCCCAGAGCAGGUGUUGUGUCACGAGAAACCACCUUCAAUCGGAACCACAGAUCUGCGUUUCUUAUCGUGGAUCUUCGUGCUAGGGGAGAUACCCACAAAUUGGAUUUUCGCGUCCCAAAGAUCCAUGCCGUGAUGCAACCCAGUUCUAUAGGAGAAGUUGGUGAUUUCUUAGACCAUCAACAAGCUGAACUACUUAUUCGGAGAGAUCAGCGAGCUGCGGAGUUAGCAGCGUUCAAGGAAAAGACUCGUAGUGUUUUGAAAACGUUCGAUAUCAGAACGAGCGAGGCCAUUCGUGAUCAAAAGCCCUCUUGGCUUAGCGAACGUACCAUAGACGUAGUCAUUCAGAAGAUUGGAGUGGCCUUCCCUCUCAGUCUUGAACAAACACUGGAGCUUCCCCGGACGAGUUCCCGUGACAGCCCUUCGGUGAGGGCUUUCCUGUUCGCUGUUCGGCGCAUCAAGUUUAGUGCACAGAGAGGAGAAGCGGGCGAGAUGUCGACUAGAGACUUAUCCUUCCAAUUUGUGCCCAGUUUCAGGCAAUCUUCAUCCGAAGACUUUGCAGCAGACAAGCAUAGAAGCCGAAACCGAUUGGUGUACCCCCACAUGACUGCGCGGCUACGAUCCGACACUUCUUUGCUCAGUCGUCAUAUCUGGUUCUCUGGAAUCAUCAGUGGAUUUAUCCUCGACUUGGACUCAAACAUCCCUGAUUACAUAUUCUCGCUCAUUGAUGUGUACCGUCAAGGAAGAGAACGAAUGAUCCGCAUCGCUGCAAGUCUUCCCCGUGCUACUACGUCACAUGCUGACCUUGCGAGGGACGAUGUCUCAUUGCGAGGCGGGCAACAAAAUGUUCCGGCGUCGAGUAUCUUUGCAAAUCUGGUUUUCCAGAGUGGAGAAGUGCGCGUUCAUACCGAUGCAAAAAGUACACAGGCCCGGCCUCUGGGUACCUACCAAUCGUCGGACGGUCAGUUGCGUCCAGAGCAGGAGACACUAAGGCUUCCUGUGAUCUCUGCUUGGGUUGAAUAUCGUGCUUCAGGCAUACGAGCUGGUCCUGCAGCCCUGAUAUUCAAAAGCACCAUUCAUUCUAGCCAAAACAUCUUGAGACCGAGUCUUCUGCCUUUCAUGACCGAAAUCGUCAAUUACGUGCAGUUGCGCUUGCGCAAGACUAGCCGAGGAAACACGCUACUCAUUGCACCAUCUCCUGCAGAGGACGAACCGUCCCCGCUGCUGACCUCAAGCCGUAUGGAGAAUUUAUCUGAGGCAUCAUCGAGUUUGCAAAUCAGCUUCAAUCUCCGCAUAGACAAGUCAACGCUCGAAUUGACUUGUCAGCCGGAUGUCAAUGUAGUGGCAGCUUUACGCUGGGAAAGUGGUGGUUUCCUUAUGAACAUCUCACCAGGUGCUCACAACGUAACCUUGACGGGCACUGUGGACGGUCUCACGAUUGGCCUCAAGCACGGGUUUUUGAGCGACGACUGCGUCAAUAUCGCAGCUCGCAAUCUUGCGUUUUUCCUUGCUUUUGCCAAGAACGAGGACCGUAUGGGCAAUAUCGACAGCACGGUUUCACUGGUGGUGGAUACAGAUAUUUCUGGUGGCGUGCGUUUCUCCCGUCUGCAGGAUGUUUUAUGUUUCAAGGCGGUUUGGCUCGAUCGUAUUCCUCUGUUUGUUGCAGAGCAUGCAAGCUCUGACAGAUCACGCCCGCCAACAGCCUCUUCAUCCUCGGUUACCACUCCUGUGGUGAAACAAGAGGUCACCACUACGCUCAUCAUUCGCAUUCGCCAAAUCCACUUGGAUGUAGAUUUGGGACAGUCCAUCAGCAGUGUGACUUUGGACCUUCAGAGUGCAGUUACUCGGAUGCGCUUCUCUGAGAUGUCAACGGAGGUGUCGCUCUCAGUGGCAAAUGUCUCCAUCCUUGCCAGGGGAAACGUCGCGGGUCACAUGAAUGUGCCGGACUGUGUCUUUCAGACGAUCCGCAGGAAUGAAGGUUCCUUGUCCGAUGAUUCAAGGACAGCUAGGAUGCUUGAACUCAGCAUGACUAGUGGUCCCUUAAGUGCCGAACUCGAGUCAGACCACCAACGGCUGUUAAUCUACAGGGCUGAUCCCGUGCAAGUGGAUAUCCACGAUGAUUGGUCACUGGUCUCCUCCGCAGACAGAGGGCAAGACCGGCCUUUGCUGCUUACAUUCACAGUCAAUGGCGAGGAGAUCAUCGUUCUUGCUACCAUCGCUACCAUACCGAAGCUGUUGAUGUAUGUCAACAAGUUCCAGGCUAAUAUUGCCGCGCAGCGUGACGGCGCAAGCCAUGAAUCAGCCGCUUUCCGUGCUACGCAAUCGCCCAAGCCUGACAAUCCGCUCACUGAGGUUGCUUCGGCUUUCUUCCACUCUGCUCGUAAUCGGUUCAAGGAAGCGGACGCGGAACUGUCCCACAGAAUUCGCCAGCAGUUGAGCUUCCGCUUGGAAACCCUUCGGCUUGUCCUUUUCCCCCGCACAAUGGGUGACACCGAGCUUGCACAGUUCAUCGGACGUGAUGUACAUGCGAGCCUGGAGCGUGUGGUAAUAGACGAAAAUCCACCUCAUAGGGAGAUCCGUUUAUCGUUCACUGCUUUGACUAUUUCUAAGUUCAGCCAGCCUCAGCCACUCCUCUCUCCGACUACGGUGGUGUCUGACGGCAAAGCUUGGGUGGAUCAUUUGUUCAAGCACCCCACAGAGGCAAACAUUGUGGGUCUGCCCACGAUGAAUAUGCUGAUGUUCACCGAUGAGGUAGUCGAAGAACUCGUCAAAUAUAUCGACUACAGGUUCUAUAGUUCAUUCGUGCGAGGCAAGGGUACCAAGGAGCACGAAGAUAUCUACAUCACGCUCAAUGUGGCGCUGUAUUCGUGGCUUACCGGUCUUCGCAAGAAUUUGACCCGAGAACUGGAACAGGUCCAGGGAUCUCAAGACUCGCGCAACGCGACAGCGGGUCCAUCAUCGCGUAAAAGAGCAGGGAAUACAGAGCCACCUCCGGGCAUGGAUGUUGCUCACAUGGAUGCAUCAAGUCCAACUAGCACCGCAUCUAGCCCAUCAGUGCCCGAAAAGGCCCCAUCGCCAGGCUUCAAACCAUCUGCCGUUUCGCCUCAGCUACCCUCAGAACUUUCCGCACACCCAUUGCUGCCAACUUCCCAAGCCCGUUCCUUACCAGACUCAUUCGAUACUUCUGCGCCGCUUCCACCCCCUAGCGUCGCGAAAACUGUAGCCAUGGUGUACAGGGCUCGUGAUCGUGUUAUAGAGCGACUGACCAUGCGACAGCUUGGCGAAGCGACUCCGGAUGUCAUGCACCCAUUCUUCAUGAAGACAGCUGGUUUCAACCUCGAGGAUUCUCUUCCGCAAUACGUUCAUGAAUACGCUACGAUUCCUCUGGAGGAAAUCAUGGAGGCCCUGCUGAAGUUGUAUUCGAAACAGCUAAGAACCGAUCAAGGGAUAGGUCAAAAUUAAAUUAGGUUAUAAUAGUGACGCAUAGUUGGGGACAUGCUGUAAAUCUACUUACCGUACUCUAAGACCAGCACUAAUUCUCUCAUUUA